AUGGGCCAUGAGUUUACAGGAGAAGUAAGCUCAGUCGGACCUGACGUACAGUCCUUCAAGCUUGGCGACCGAGUGGUCUCGCCAUUCACCGUGAGCUGUGGGAGCUGUUUCUACUGCAAACGAGGCUUCUCCUCUCGAUGUGCCCGCAGCCAGCUAUAUGGCUCAGCGGUACUCGAUGGCGGACAAGCUGAAUAUGUUCGCGUGCCGUUAGCUGACUCUACUUUAUUUCACGCUCCACCUGAGAUUGACGAAAAGAAGCUGGUCCUAAUGGCGGACAUCUUCCCUACUGGCUAUUUUGCAGCUUCUAACGCUUUUCGAGCCUUGGACCCCAAGGAGAUUCAACAAAGUACGGUCCUUUUAUUCGGCUGCGGCCCAGUGGGGUUGUGUGCUAUUGCCAGUGCUUUGGAUUAUAAGCCGAAGCAUCUACUUGCUAUUGAUAGCGUCCCAGCGCGGCUAGAAGUUGCCAAAGGUCUAGGAGCAGAGCCCUGGAACUUUCAAGAGGAUGAAACCGGCCUAAGGCAACGAGUCAAGGAUCUCACCGAAGACCGAGGCGCAGACGUGGUCAUUGAAGUGGUUGGACAUAGUAGUGCUUUGCGCAUGGGAUUCGAGAUGCUACGACCAUGGGGGCACCUCUCCAGUGUUGGUGUCCACAACCAAGAAAUCCCGUGGACUGGAAACGAAGCCUAUGGAAAGAAUCUACGCUUGCAAAUGGGUCGAUGCCCGGUCCGAAGCAUUUUUGCACCGGCUAUGGAAUUGUUGGCGAAGAAGCAGGAUGUCCUAAAUUUCAUGACUCAUGAUAUUCGACCUCUGUCUCAGGCUGUUCAGGCAUACGACGAUUUCAAUGAAAUGCGAAGUCAAAAGGUCAUUUUUGAAGCCGACAAAUAG